AUGGAUCAGCAAACGAUUCGUGAUGAAGCCUCGACCAAGGAGGAGGUUGACCUCCAAGACAAGAAAGACGCCUCCGACAACUCGAUACCAGUGAAAGAAGCCGGCCCAGACGACAAGCAAGUCGACACCGACGAGCCAUAUGACCCUUCGCGCGAUGCCUUCAUCCUCAAAUACAAGGAGCGGCACCUCAAGCGUAAGGCGCUCAAGACAUGCAACUUCACCCUUGAACACCUGAAGUCGACGAAAACCGAAACGGAUGCGCUAAAGGCUUGGAACGAUCGUACGGGCAAUAUUUUGCCAGAAACUGUCGCCUUUAUGGACAGGGAAAGAGCGCGGUGUGACGUUGAGAUUGCCAAAAUUGGAUCUCGCAAGGUACGGCUGGAGCAGGAACUGGCAGUGGUUCAGAACGAUUUUGAAAAGCUUUCGAUGUUGAGGCGCAAGAGCCAUUAG